ACUUCCUGCCCUGGAUUGCUCUCUGUCUAUCAUAAGUCACUUCCCACAAGAAUCCAGACCACAUCAGUGUCAACAAUGUAAAAUCUGCAUCAUUUUUGCACCAGUGCUUUGCUGCUUUAGCAUGGGUGCACCCACCAAGGUGCCCCAGGCACUGAAGCCCCUGGGUGACCUGCAGGGUGGAGGAUGGGUUUAUAGGUGAUAGCCACUUACAGAAGUUGCUCAUGGUACCCAUGCUUUGCAGUGCAGGAGAGUUCAGCUGUCAUUCAGUGAUGUGGAACAUUAAAAUUUCCUCAACAUUUUAAGUAGUUUGGGGACUGGAUCAUUUCCAGGCUCUCUGUGCAGCACCCAACACAACUGGUUGGAUGCUUGACAGGGAUUUCCACACAUAUGCCAAUACCAAUAAAGCAAUAAAACCAUCAAAUAUAAACUACUAUUAAAGAAGAAACUCUGCCCUCUGUGGCUGCUGUGCUGGAGGAUAAGGCAGUCCCUGACAGGCAAUAAAGGCUGCCUGGACCUUUAAGAGCUGCUGUUGCCAGUUCAGCUCUUCCUGGGACCUUUGGAGCAGCGCAGGGUGGAAAGCCUGAGCUGACUGCGUGCGAGGUGAGCUCUGCAUGCCUGAUCUUUAACUGCAUCCUGCAGCUCUGGGUCAGCCCCUCUGGGAAAGCUCCCCCCUGUGAGUCUGCACAGCCUGUGCACAGCCCUGCAGGUGCAUUAGCAAAGCACAAACUACAGGAACCGAGGCUGAGGGCAAAAUGAACAUUCAGGAGUACUUUGGAAGAAUAUCUUACAACAAGCCCCAUAAGGAUGCAGACUUGCAAACCCUGACAGCCAUCUUCCAGCAUCACAUCCACAGCAUUCCUUUUGAGAACCUCAGCAUGCACUGUGGGGAGCCCAUCGAGCUGGAUUUGCAGGCUAUUUACAAUAAGAUUGUGAGAAAGAAACGUGGUGGGUGGUGCCUGGAAACCAACUACCUCCUCUUCUGGGCCUUGCAAGAAUUAGGGUAUGAUGUCUGUAUUCUUGGUGCAAACAGCUAUGAACCAGCACAGAAGGGAUAUGGUGCUCAGAUGAACCAUCUCCUGCUGAAGGUGGUGGUGAAGGGAGAGCCCUACAUAGUGGAUGCUGGGUUUGGUGGGGCCUACCAGAUGUGGCAGCCGCUGAUGCUGAUUUCUGGGAAGGACCAGCCCCAGGUUCCUGGCAUUUUCCGCUUCGUGGAAGACAACGGCACCUGGUACCUGGAGAAAGUCAAAAGGAAGCAUUGCAUUGCUGAGCACAGCAAGGAUGAAUUCCCUCAUACUCCAGAACUGGGGAAUAUCCGAAAAAUACAUAAAUUUACCCUCGAGCCACGGCACAUAGAUGACUUCCAGGAGCUAAAUGCAUACCUCCAAGUGUCUCCAGAUAACCUCCUUCGGAAGAAGUCAAUCUGCAGUCUCCAAACCACCAAUGGGGUCCUUGCCUUGGUUGGAUGGACCCUCAGUGAGAUGAAGUACAACUACACAGAGGACAUGGACCUGGUGGACAUCACAACCCUUACAGAUGAAGAGGUUGAGAAGACACUGAAAGAUAAAUUCAGUAUAGAACUGCAGAACAAACUCGUACCAGUAAACGUUCGUGGCUUGCCACCUAAUUUAGUGGAUAAGAUUUAACUGUAACACUGUGCUAGAUGGAUCUUUAAAUAGCCAAGAAGAAAAUUCUAAAAUUAACAUUAAUUACAAUAAUCUCAUUUUUAACUCGAGCUAGUCACAAAUCUUGGUAAAUUCCAGUACAUUGCUAAUUAACUGCAUAUAUGAAUUGCAUAUUUUUUAUUAAACCUCUCCUUCUUUAGAAACCAAGACAUCUUACUAGCUCUGUUUUGCUCAUAUGGAAGCUGGUUUUUGACUCCUUAACUUUUUGUUCACCUUCUCAAGAACUCAUUUUAUUGCAGAUAUAUUUUGUGGCAAAUGAGACCAAAAUUAUGCAGAAGGAGAGGUUGUGUUACCAUUUUACAGAAAGGACCUCUAAUCUUUUUUGGCAUUAUUUCCAAUCUUUUACAAAUUAUUCACUUCUCUUAACAGUCUUAAAGUUGAGCUGAAUUUGGCUUUUAAAUACUGUAGAAAAAAGAAAGGUUAAGACUUUCUCAAAACAAGCCACCAUUAGGUGCUGAUUAGCUUAUGAAAAGUUGAAAGACUUAAGUCCUGCUCCCUUUGCAGAAACUGACUUAAAGGAAGAUAUUUAUCCAAGGGUACCUAAACCCUCCCCAAAAUCUCUCUAAUUUUGAGUACCUACUUUUUCUGAUUUAUCUGUGUCUCUGAAUUCAAAAUAAAAUCUGUAGAAGAUGAGAUGAUUCAACAGUUCUUAAAAAUCAGGCUUUCGGUAUCAAAACUGGAAAAAAGUUAGAUCAAUCUUUGCACAUUAUAAUCUAAACUUUCGGGACCAAACCUUCAUGUGAUGUCAAGAGGAGAUGAUGGUAUUAUAGAUAAAAUCUUCAUAUUUAUUACAAACAGUAUUCUGCACAAAAGCCACCUUAAAAAGUGUGGAUGCAAAAGAAAGCCCUGGGAAGUGAGGAUGUGCCACCAGUGUGGUUUCACAGCAAGACACCCAUGACACAGAAGCCUUUUCCCUGAUGAUACCUGUGGUACUGUACAGGACGUGCCAUGAAAGAGGGUGACAGAAGAACAUCAGCCAAGGAGAAGUCUUUGAUUCUUGUUUUAAUCAACCACACAGACCUACCUACCUGCCUAAAACUCAGGUGCUUCCCCAGGUGCAGUCUAAUGUGCUCUUUGCCUUUCCCAGAGGCCUCCUCUGAUAUUCCACCUCCAUCCAAUGAAGACGGGACGGGCUUGACCACGGAGAAUUAAAUGAACAGCAAUUAAAUAAACAGCACUGCAAUGCUGUGGAGAUGCAGGAGGCCAGGUUUUAGAGCAGAAAUGCAUUACUUGAUGCAAAUAAAUAUUUGCCAUGGCAUUCAUUAGCUCCACAAUAACUCCCUGCUACAGCUGAGGAGUUGAACAGCUUGAAACGGUUCCUGUGUGGGCAAAGAAGGGCCAUUUGUUCAUCCAUGGAGCUCAG